GUCUGUGCGACCAUUGAACCUUACUUCGGCAAUUACAAAGGACAACCAGUGGAUCCAGAACUGUUUAUCCACGAAACAGAUGAAGAGUCUGAAAGUGAUUAUACUGAACCUAACUUUGAGUAUAAAGAUUGGGAAAAAUGGUCUCUCGAGUCUGGCUCAGUUGUUGCAGAACUUCUGAGAACAGUGGCAAACAUCAAUGGACACUGCAUGAGGUAUCUGAUGGCCAAUAUUGAGGAUGGGUCUGCUGAUGAGGGUGAUGCAAAGUUAGAAAUUUUACUAAGUGUCCAAAAAGAGGAUGAAGAAGCCAUUCCACCCAAUAUGUCUCGUAGCUCUUCUAAACAAUUGAAAUUGAGUACAGCCAUCAUCUUGCACAGAACCAAUGAGGGAUUGAGCUUCAUCAAUACAUAA